AUUCUCUGAUUCUGUGAUUCUCUGAUUCUGUGAUUCCAUGAUCCGCUGUCCCCAGGGGAGGUGAUCUCUGUCCCUCAUGCUCAUAGCCCGUGAUUUUGUCCCCUCUUCCAGUGACUCUUGAUGGAAGAACACGGAGUGACCCAGGCAGAGCACAUGGCUACCAUCGAGGCCCACGCCGUGGCCCAGCAGGUGCAGCAGGUGCACGUGGCCACCUACACGGAGCACAGCAUGCUGAGCGCCGACGAGGACUCACCCUCCUCGCCCGAGGACACCUCCUACGACGACUCCGACAUCCUCAACUCCACGGCUGCCGACGAGGUCACCGCUCACCUGGCAGCUGCAGGCCCUGUGGGGAUGGCAGCAGCUGCUGCCGUGGCAACGGGGAAGAAACGGAAGAGACCUCACGUUUUUGAGUCCAACCCCUCCAUUCGGAAGAGGCAACAGACACGUUUGCUCAGGAAGCUCCGGGCCACGCUGGAUGAGUACACCACCAGAGUGGGGCAGCAGGCCAUCGUCCUGUGCAUCUCACCCUCCAAACCCAACCCUGUCUUCAAAGUAUUCGGUGCUGCACCCUUGGAGAAUGUGGUACGCAAGUACAAGAGCACCAUCCUGGAAGAUCUGGAAUCGGCGCUGGCCGAGCACGCUCCGGCCCCUCAGGAGGUCAACUCGGAGCUGCCUCCCCUCACCAUCGAUGGCAUCCCUGUCUCCGUGGACAAGAUGACCCAGGCACAGCUGAGAGCCUUCAUCCCCGAGAUGCUGAAGUAUUCCACGGGUCGUGGCAAGCCAGGCUGGGGCAAGGAGAGCUGCAAGCCCAUCUGGUGGCCCGAGGACAUUCCGUGGGCCAACGUCCGCAGCGAUGUCCGCACGGAGGAGCAGAAGCAGCGGGUCUCCUGGACCCAGGCCCUGCGGACCAUCGUGAAGAACUGCUACAAGCAGCACGGGCGCGAGGACCUGCUCUACGCCUUCGAGGACCAGCAGACCCCGCAGACCACGACCACGCACAGCAUCGCCCACCUGGUGCCCUCCCAGACCGUGGUACAAACCUUCAGCAACCCCGACGGCACCGUGUCCCUCAUCCAGGUUGGCACCGGUGCCACGGUGGCCACGUUGGCCGACGCCUCCGAGCUGCCCACCACGGUCACCGUGGCACAAGUCAAUUAUUCUGCCGUGGCUGACGGAGAGGUGGAGCAGAACUGGGCGACGCUACAGGGUGGGGAGAUGACGAUCCAGACGACGCAGGCCUCCGAGGCCACGCAGGCGGUGGCCUCCUUAGCCGAGGCGGCGGUGGCGGCGUCGCAGGAGAUGCAGCAGGGAGCCACUGUCACCAUGGCACUCAACAGUGAAGCCGCUGCCCACGCCGUAGCCACGCUGGCCGAGGCCACCCUCCAAGGAGGGGGACAGAUUGUCCUGUCUGGGGAAACUGCAGCAGCGGUUGGGGCGCUCACUGGAGUCCAGGAUGCCAAUGCUGGCUCUGUAUCCUUAGUUUGGGGUUUUUUUUGGGGGGAAAACUGCUCUGUGAUGUGUGGCUGUGCCCAGCACAGGAAGGGCCAGCCUUGGUCAAUUAACACAAUUAGUUGGUGCCAUAAUAAACUCAUCUCCAGAACUCUUAAACCAAUAUUUUAUUACUUAUUUCCUGCCUUUCUCCAGUCUUUUUUUUAACUUGGUGACUGCUCCUGAGGCAGCCUCGGGUCGUUUUCCUCCUGCUUCAUUUUGCUUUCGAUUCCAGGGAUUCUCUGUAGCAUUUCCCACCUGUUCUGUGCUUUCUGCCAAGUCUGGUGACUUUUGCAGUUCUCCAGACUAGAAAUGAAACUGUAAAUCUAUAAAACCCAGCUGAAGAGAUGAAAGGAAUGUGAAAAUGUGCCUCUCUGGGGCUCAUCCGCUGCCUCUGGUUGCUCUGCGCUCCUGCCUGGAGGUGUUUAAGGAACACCUGAAUGCCUUGGUGUUGGCUCAUAGGUUGGACUCAGUGAUCCCAGAGGUCUUUUCCAGCCCAACUCUGGGAUAAUUUCCAAGCUCAGACUGGAUUUUAUGGAAUUACCCAAAAAACCCCACCGGUUAUUUGGGUUAGGUGGAAGGAGUUGGGUCAAAAUCCGGCCGGAAAAGGGCACAAAAAGGUGAAGCUGUAAAGAAACAUCACCUCGAGGGUGGUAAAUUGUCAAAGAGGGGCCAAGUGUCAGAAGUGUCACUUUGCAGGAAAGCAGAAACCUGCUCAGGUGAGAGCUGACUUCCAUCAGAAUCCUCAUCCAGCCGGGAGCGCUCUCCGUGUGAGAGAGACCUCGGUGUUUCGUUUGCAGCAGAGGAGGGAGGAGGAAUUUGACUCAGAGCUGUUUGAUUCCCUUGCUGUGGAGUCAGCCAGCCUGAAGAGGGAGCAGAAAUGAAGGGAAAUCCGUGUCCUCAGAGCUGGGAAUUCAUCAGGCACCGAGGGAAGAGCAGGAUUGUGUUUAUUGUCAGGGCGAUAAGUGCUGAGUGUUUAUCGGGGGCAGGAUCUGGAUGCUCAAAACCAGCAGCUGAUCAGAUUUGGAGAAGCAGAUCUGCACCCCUGGCUCCUUUUUGCUCUGCUUCCAAAAUGUUUUCACUCUCUGGAUUCCUCUGGAUGCUUCCCCUAAAACUCCCCUUCUCCACUCCAAACCUGAGUCACUCCACCUCACUCUCCGAGCGCUGACAUCAUUUUAAUACAGGCUGGAGUUUGGUUUUUUUCUCCCUUUUUUCCCUCCUUUUCUUUUUUUUUCCUAGCAGCCAAGUUGGAAAUCAGAUGGGAUUUAGAGUGCAUUAAGGGGAGAGACUGCAGCAUUUUCCUGUGAGCAAAACCUCACCCACAGCCCCUCGCCUGGUUUCCACUCUCCUUCGAUUUGCUGUAAUCUCCGGUGGUAUUAAAGGGAAG